CGAGCCAUGGCGAGCGAAGACAAACAAGUUGUUCAGCCAACAGGUGAUGAUGGAGGAGGAGGAGGAGGUAGUGGAGGAGGAGCGGGAAAAGAAGGAAAUGCUGCUGAAGGGGGAAGUGUGCUGCAGCCUUUGAAUCCAGGAGUCCCCAUCCGAGGCAUCAAGAUGAAAUUUGCUGUGCUGACAGGACUGGUGGAAGUUGGUGAAGUGUCCAACAGAGACAUAGUCGAAACUGUCUUUAAUCUGCUUGUUGGGGGCCACUUUGACUUGGAAAUGAACUUUAUCAUCCAAGAAGGAGAGAGCAUCACCUGCAUGGUAGACCUGCUGGACAAGUGUGAUAUCACCUGCCAGGCUGAGGUGUGGAGCAUGUUUACGGCAAUCUUGAAGAAGAGUAUACGCAACCUACAAGCAUGCACGGAAGUGGGGCUUGUUGAACAAGUGCUCAAGAGAAUUGAUAGAGCUGACAACAUGAUUGCAGAUCUCUUAGUGGAUAUGCUGAGUGUGUUGGCUAGCUAUAACUUGACAGUUCGAGAGCUAAAGCUAUUCUUCAGCAAGCUUCAAGGAGAAAAAGGGAGAUGGCCUCCACAUGCCGGGAAGUUAUUGUCUGUGUUAAAACACAUGCCUCAGAAGUAUGGACCUGAUGCCUUCUUCAACUUUCCAGGGAAAAGUGCUGCAGCUAUUGCCUUACCUCCUAUAGCCAAGUGGCCGUACCAGAAUGGGUUUACUUUCCACACUUGGCUAAGAAUGGAUCCUGUAAAUAAUAUCAAUGUGGACAAGGAUAAGCCUUACUUAUAUUGUUUUCGAACAAACAAAGGACUUGGUUAUUCUGCUCACUUUGUUGGAGGCUGCUUGAUUGUAACGUCUAUAAAAUCAAAGGGAAAAGGUUUCCAGCAUUGUGUAAAAUUUGAUUUCAAGCCACAGAAGUGGUACAUGGUUACUAUAGUCCACAUCUAUAACCGCUGGAAGAAUAGUGAACUUCGAUGUUACGUGAAUGGGGAACUGGCAUCUUACGGAGAAAUAACAUGGCUCGUCAACACCAGUGAUACAUUUGACAAGUGUUUCCUGGGUUCUUCAGAAACAGCAGAUGCCAAUCGAGUGUUCUGUGGGCAAAUGACGUCCGUUUACCUGUUUAGUGAGGCUCUCAAUGCUGCUCAGAUCUUUGCCAUUUAUCAGCUUGGUCUGGGAUAUAAGGGAACAUUCAAAUUCAAGGCAGAAAGUGAUCUCUUCCUUGCUGAACAUCACAAAUUGUUGUUAUAUGAUGGCAAACUCUCCAGUGCUAUUGCAUUUAUGUACAAUCCAAGGGCUACUGAUGCACAGCUGUGUCUAGAGUCAUCCCCUAAGGAUAACCCUUCUAUUUUUGUUCAUUCACCACAUGCCCUCAUGCUGCAGGAUGUGAAAGCCGUCUUGACGCAUUCUAUCCAAAGUGCCCUGCACUCCAUCGGAGGGGUGCAGGUACUUUUCCCUCUCUUUGCACAGUUAGAUUACAGGCAAUAUUCAUCAGACCAUGUCGACACAACUGUUUGUUCUACUUUAUUGGCUUUCAUCAUGGAGUUGUUGAAGAACUCCAUUGCUAUGCAAGAACAGAUGCUUUCUUGUAAGGGCUUCCUUGUGAUAGGAUAUAGCCUAGAAAAGUCUUCCAAAGCCCAUGUUACCCGAGCUGUACUAGAACUUUGCCUUGCCUUUUCGAAAUACCUGAGCAACUUACACAAUGGGGUGCCCUUGCUGAAGCAGCUGUGUGAUCAUGUUCUCCUUAAUCCGGCAAUAUGGAUUCAUAUCCCAGCACAGGUUCAGCUGAUCCUGUACACUUACCUAUCUACUGAGUUCAUUGGCACUGUUAACAUAUAUGGUGCAAUCCGGCGGGUUGGAACGGUUCUUUUGGUCAUGCAUACCCUAAAGUACUAUUACUGGGUAGUGAAUCCUCAGGAUCGCAGUGGUAUAACUCCCAAGGGCAUAGACGGGCCACGACCUACUCAGAAAGAGAUUUUAUCUCUACGAGCAUUCUUGUUGAUGUUCAUUAAACAGCUAGUGAUGAAGGACUAUGGAAUAAAAGAAGACGAAUUGCAGGCUAUCCUCAAUUAUCUGCUCACUAUACAUGAGGAUGACAAUCUAAUGGAUGUCUUGCAGUUGCUUGUUGCUCUGAUGUCAGAGCAUCCUGGUUCUAUGAUCCCUGCUUUUGAUCAGAGGAAUGGAUUACAGGUUGUCUACAAGCUGUUAGCAUCACAAAGCGAAGGCAUCAGAGUGCAAGCUCUGAAAGUUAUGGGAUAUUUCUUAAAGCAUCUUGCUCCAAAGAGAAAAGCUGAAGUCAUGCUUGGACAUGGAUUGUUCUCUUUGUUGGCUGAGAGGCUGAUGCUUCAGACAAGCUUAAUCACCAUGACCACAUACAAUGUCCUAUUUGAGAUUCUGACUGAACAGAUUUGCACUCAAGUGAUACAUAAACAACAUCCUGACCCAGAUUCGACAGUGAAGAUACAAAAUCCUCAGAUUUUGAAGGUUAUUGCAAUCCUGCUACGUAAUUCUCCACAAUGUCCAGAAACACUGGAGGUUCGGCGAGCCUUUCUCUCAGAUAUGAUUAAACUUUUUAAUAACAGCAGAGAAAAUAGGAGGAGUUUGUUGCAGUGCUCUGUCUGGCAGGAGUGGAUGCUUUCCCUUUGCUGUUUUAAUCCAAAGACAUCUGAGGAACAGAAGAUAACGGAGAUGGUGUAUACCAUAUUUCGAAUAUUGCUCUACCAUGCAAUCAAAUAUGAGUGGGGUGGCUGGCGUGUUUGGGUGGAUACGCUGUCGAUCACACAUUCAAAGGUAACUUUUGAAAUGCACAAAGAGAGUCUUUCUCAAAUGUACAGGGAAUACCAAGGGAAAGGAGGUGAAGUGAGUGGAAUACGUUCUUCAGCUCCAAUUAGGACAAUAUCUGGAGUUAGCCAAGAAGUUGAAACUAAGGGAAAGCAACAGUAUUUGGAGUUAAAAGAAGAUGCUGCUGCUCCUUCCUGCAUUAGUGAUGAUGAUGCGGAGUGUGGUGCUAAAAGAAAAGAUAUAAAUACCUCAUCAGAUGGUGACCAACAGACUCGUUCACUGUCUCAUCAUAUGGAGGAGUUAGAGCAGGAAGACAGGGAGACUAUGCAGGAUUUAAAAGCAGUGUGUUGUGUGGAAUUUUCUCCAGAACCAGAAGCAAUAAAGCCCAGUGUUUCAGAAAUUAGUACUGGAAUAGCUGAAGCAAUUGAAGAUUCUCUGAGCAAAGCUGAUGAGCUUGUGGAAGAAACGGUAGCUGUUACUGCUGGUUCUUCAGCAGUGCAAACUACUUUGGAAGGAGAGACUCCUGAAAGUCCAAAUAGACUGGAAAAAUCAACAGUAGAGGUGGAAGAUGAAGAUGACUUUGUUGAUUUGAAAGAGGAAAGUAAUAUGUCUUUACCUUUGGAAGCGUUUGUAGAAACAGAGAAGGAACGUAGCUCUAAUGAAGGCAAAGGAGCAAAGCAGGAAAAUGCAAUAGAGAAGCAAUCUGAAUCUGUGCUUUUAGAAUCUGAAGAUAUAGAAGGCGUAGAUGGGAGAAAGCAAGAACUGACUUCUUUGCCAGAAACAGCGAGUUCUGCGGUUCAAGAAGUAGAGACUCAUCCGGAUUCAGAAGGAAAAAAGAAGCUGGAAGAAGAAAAGAUUCAAUUUAGUGAAACCAAAAGAGCUGAAGAAAACAUAAAUGCACAUGUGCCGGACCCUGCUGGAGCCUCUGACAGAAGAAUUGCCAAGCUUGAUGUUUCUAGUGUUGCAUCAGAUACAGAGAAUCUGGAACUGAAAGCUAAUACACGUUUGGAAGCACCUCUGCCCCCCAGGUCCCUGCCUGAGACCUCAAGGCAACAAGAUUGUUCAGGACAAGAGCUAGCUGCUACAUCAGAUGGGCAGAGAAGAGACUCUAGAUCAACUGUGUUCCGUAUUCCUGAGUUUAAGUGGUCACUGAUGCAUCAGCGCUUGCUCACAGACUUACUCUUUUCCAUAGAAACAGAUAUACAGAUGUGGAGAAGCCAUUCUACAAAAACUGUGAUGGACUUUGUGAAUAGCAGUGACAAUGUCAUAUUUGUGCACAACACAAUUCACCUCAUCUCUCAAGUGAUGGACAACAUGAUCAUGGCUUGCGGUGGUAUACUGCCAUUGCUUUCUGCUGCCACAUCUGCUACUCAUGAAUUAGAGAAUAUUGAACCAACUCAAGGACUUUCAGUAGAAGCAUCAUUAACAUUUCUCCAGAGAUUAAUCAACCUUGUGGAUGUGCUAAUUUUUGCAAGCUCUCUUGGUUUCACUGAAAUAGAGUCUGAGAAAAACAUGUCAUCUGGCGGAAUUCUGCGACAAUGUCUUCGUCUGGUGUGUGCGGUGGCAGUAAGAAAUUGCUUGGAGUGUCAGCAGCAUGCACAGAUGAAGCCUAUUGGAGACACUGGGAAGAACCAAAAAGCAGUGCAGGGCUUUAUGGGAACAGGAAAGUCUGCAGCGAAGAGUCCAGUGGACAUUGUGACUGGUGGCAUUUCUCCAAUACGGGACCAUGACAGACUUCUGCAGGAUAUGGAUAUUAAUCGACUUCGAGCAGUAGUGUUCAGAGACAUAGAGGAUAGUAAACAGGCUCAGUUUUUGGCUUUGGCUGUUGUGUAUUUUAUUUCUGUGCUCAUGGUUUCGAAAUACAGAGAUAUACUGGAACCCCAGAACGAAAGACGACUGCCAAACCGUAGCCAGUCAUUCAAGGAAUCGGAGAAUGAAAAUAAUGAAACUCCUGCUACAGAUGUGGAAAACCCAUCUGUUCUUGGUGGUUCAGCCUCCACUGAAGAUUCGGAAAGUACAGCAUCUGCACGAAGAAGGGAUUCUGGUCUUGGGGAGGAACCAGCUUCAGGGCAAACAAACAGUUCUGGCAGUGUUGCUGAAACAGGACCUCUGAAUGUCAGUGCAGGUCCAGAUGCAAUCAGUGAAGUACUAUGCACGCUCUCAUUGGAAGUAAAUAAGUCUCAGGAGAGCAGAAGUGAGACAGGAACUGAGGAUAGCAAGCCUGCAACUUCUGUGCCAGCUGCAAAAAAUGUCAAUGUAAAAGACAUCCUGAGAAGCUUGGUAAGCACACCGGCUGAUGGGACUGCAGCAGAUUCUGCUCUUCUGCCACCAACCUUCCUUGGAAUGCUUGGCGAUGGGGCUGCUGAGCAGCCUGUACAGUUCCAUUCCUUUGACAGGAGUGUGGUGGUACCCCCGAAGAAAUCAACCAUUUCCUCUUCUACAGCUGCUAUGGGUAUUCCUACAAAUGCAGUCAGUGUGGUUUCUUCUUUAGAUUCAGCCCAAGCCCUGGAUUUGUCAGGAGAGUCUCCUGGAAGAGGAUCGUCGAAUUCGAAAUUGCCAUCUGUACCUACGGUUUCUUCGGUGCCUGAGGAUUCUGCUUCAAAUAUGAGUAUUACAGACAGGCUUGAACAUGCGCUGGAAAAAGCUGCCCCACUUCUGAGAGAGAUUUUUGUGGAUUUUGCUCCCUUUCUUUCUCGGACUCUUUUGGGCAGCCAUGGGCAGGAGUUGCUGAUAGAAGGUACAAGUCUUGUAUGCAUGAAAUCUAGCAGUUCAGUUGUGGAGCUGGUGAUGCUGCUUUGCUCUCAGGAGUGGCAGAACUCUAUACAAAAGAAUGCUGGACUUGCCUUUAUUGAGCUUGUCAAUGAAGGAAGGUUGCUGAGUCAAACCAUGAAGGACCAUUUGGUAAGAGUGGCUAAUGAAGCAGAAUUUAUCUUGAGCCGACAGAGAGCAGAGGAUAUUAACCGCCAUGCUGAAUUUGAGCCCACUUAA